AGGUGAUUCCUCAGCUGAUAGCUAGGAUUGAUACCAGGCAGCUGGUAGGACGGCUCAUCCAAGAACUACUCAUUGACAUUGGAAAACACCAUCCUCAGGCUUUGAUUUACCCUCUGACUGUAGCAUCCAAGUCCCAGAGCUCAGCCAGACACAAUGCCGCCAACAAGGUGCUUAGUAACAUGUGUGAACACAGCAACACACUGGUACAGCAGGCCAUGAUGGUGAGUGAGGAGUUGAUCCGAGUGGCCAUCCUAUGGCACGAGCUCUGGCACGAGGGACUGGAGGAGGCCUCCCGACUCUACUUCGGCGAGAGGAACGUCAAGGGGAUGUUUGCGGUCCUGGAACCGCUUCACGCCAUGAUGGAACGGGGACCACAGACAAUGAAAGAGACCUCUUUCAAUCAGGCCUAUGGACGAGACUUGAUGGAGGCACAGGAAUGGUGCAGAAAGUAUACCCGGUCCAGGAAUGUGAAGGAUUUGACACAGGCAUGGGACCUGUAUUACCAUGUCUUCAGGAGGAUCUCAAAACAACUACCACAGCUCACUCAAUUGGAGCUCCAGCUUGUGUCUCCCAAGCUCCUGAUGUGUAGAGACCUAGAGCUAGCGGUUCCAGGGACGUACGACCCUAACCGACCCGUCGCUAAGAUCCAGAGAUGCCAGUCGACGCUGCAGGUCAUCACAUCUAAACAGCGCCCUCGCAAGCUCAGCAUCUUCGGAAGCGAUGGAGCUGAGUUCAUGUACCUGCUGAAAGGUCAUGAAGACCUCAGGCAAGACGAGAGGGUGAUGCAACUCUUUGGACUGGUCAACACCUUACUGGCCAACAACCCUGAUACGUUCAGAAGACAUCUCAAUAUCCAGAGGUAUGCAGCCAUACCCCUCUCCACCAACUCUGGUCUUAUCGGUUGGGUGCGGCACUGUGACACCCUACACACACUCAUCAGAGACUACAGAGAUAAGAAGAAGAUUCUACUCAACAUUGAACAUCGUAUUAUGCUCAGGAUGGCGCCAGACUAUGAACACCUGACAUUGAUGCAGAAGGUGGAGGUCUUUGAGCAUGCACUGGACUACACUCAGGGAGAUGACCUUGCCAAGCUACUCUGGCUCAAGAGUCCAAGCUCAGAGGUUUGGUUUGAGAGGCGGACCAACUACACCCGAUCUCUAGCUGUCAUGUCCAUGGUAGGAUACAUCCUCGGUCUAGGAGAUAGACAUCCAUCUAACUUGAUGUUGGAUAGAUUGACAGGCAAGAUCAUCCACAUUGACUUUGGAGACUGCUUUGAGGUUGCCAUGACGAGAGAGAAGUUCCCCGAGAAGAUUCCGUUCCGUCUCACUAGGAUGCUCAUUAAUGCUAUGGAGGUGACUGGUAUUGACGGUAACUACCGUAUUACUUGUGAGAGCGUGAUGCAGGUUCUAAGAGAACACAAGGAUAGCAUCAUGGCUGUACUGGAGGCAUUCGUCUAUGAUCCUCUGCUGAACUGGAGACUGAUGGACACUCCCAAAGGCAAGAGAUCCAAGGCCAGAUCAGGAGCAUACUCUACCAGCCAAACAGGUACAGGUACAGAUCUACUUGAUGAUAUGGAAUUGGAGAUACCCAAACAGAAGAAGGCUGCGGGCCAAGCAGAGUCUGUGCAGUCUCAAGAUGGUGAGCCAGGAGUACAGCCUGAAGCACUCAACAAGAAAGCUAUCUCGAUCAUCAACAGAGUCAAAGAUAAACUCACAGGAUGUGACUUCUCCACCAACGAUCCGGUGGAUGUACCCACUCAGGUCGAGCUACUCAUCCAGCAGGCUACGUCUCAUGAAAACCUAUGUCAGUGCUACAUUGGAUGGUGCCCAUUCUGGUGAUAUGUGUGGAAGAAAGGAAAAAAUCAACAUCGCUUGCCAAUCAAGUAAUUCCUGCUUCUACCCCCAUCACAUGUCACUUUCUCUCUUGACCUGGUCAAAGGUCAACAUACGUGUCCCUAGAGAUGGACCCCCAGCUGUGUACCCCUGUGUAAUGAGACAGUGAGCCAUUCCUGAGAAUGGGCAUGAGUGUAUAUGGUUAUCUGUACCACAGUUUAACCAAUUGACUCCUGGAACUUGGUGGCUCUUGUAUUAAGCCUAUGGCAAUGAGAAAAUUCAGUAAUCAACAGGUUAAUAGCAACUGAGAUACAUAUAUAUACGAUAUACAUGUACAUAUAUGAUGCAUGCUCAUAGAUGACAAGAUGUUAUAAUUAUUACUCAUGUAAGCACCAGCAAUGAAUAUCAUGAUACAUGUGUGAAAAGUGUUCUUUUCAAAA